ACUUCAUGUUAACUGAAUCUUGCACUACUCCAAAACAUGAGUAGAGAUGAGAGCUGCGGCGGAGGCCAAAGUUCCUUGGGCUACCUCUUUGGUGCCGAUGAGCAGCCAAGUGCGCCGACCGUAACACCACCGAUCCAACCCCCAUAUGGCGUAGACAUUACCCCAGAGAACCCUCCGUCACAAUAUAAACCAAGUUCAGAGAAACAGACUGAGAAAACUAUAAUCAACAACUAUCACAGGGCUAAAGGACAGAAUUCAAGGAACUUCAUCACUGAUCGGCCGUCAACAAAAGUUAAAUCAAUUCCCGGUGGAGAUUCAUCCCUGGGUUACCUGUUUGGGGACAAGUGAUGGAAUAAUUAUUCUCUUCUUACAUGUUCAAAUACAUAUGCAGUACGUAUGCUAAAUAAUGGGUUUAGUUUCCCCAUAUCAGUGUUGGAUUUACCAGGGUUUAGUGUUAAUGUAUGGUGAGUUUUCAAGUUUGUAUACCCGUGGAUAUCAAUUUGUCAUAUAAACUUUGAGCAAUUA